AUGGAUUCUAAACUACAGACUACAAAAGUUCAAUUAUUAUCAAUGUUGAACCAGCAAAGAAACAACAGACCGUGUGUGNUAAAGAGAUGCAGACAAGAACUAGAGCCGGGGAAACAAUGUUUGUUGGCGAAGUGUAGAGAACUGUGUUUCAAGAAUUUAAAUGGAUUCGGAAGUUGUGUUGAGAAGCCACCAGGCUCUGAUCGGUACAUAUGUAACUGUUUCUACAAUUGUGGUGCACAAUGA